AUGAAGGCGUUGCGGGCCUGGCUCCUGUGCCUGCUGCUGCUGGGCCUGGCCCUGCGGGGGGCGGCCAGCCGCGCCCACCAGCACUCCAUGGAGAUCCACACCCCUGACAUCAACCCGGCCUGGUACACGGGCCGCAGAAUCCGGCCCGUGGGCCGCUUCGGCCGCAGAAGAGCAGCCCUGAGGGAUGUCCUGAAGCCUGGCCUCCUGUGCCUGCCAGCCUGCUUCUCCCUGGAGGGAGGUGCUGAGCCCGCCCAGGGUGGCUGA